CCGGUCACGUCUGAGCAACAACCACGAUGGCGGCGUCUGGCGGAGAAACAAACCACGGAACAGGCAAACUGGAGUUCUCUUUGGACGUCCCCUUCCCGUCGUCUCGCGAGGCCGCCAUCGCUCUGAACUCUCUGUCCCCAGACCGAGAGCCGAGGAAAGGCGGCAUCAGCAAACAGCUCACAGUGUCCGGCAGCACGUUGUCUGUGAGGUGGAGCGCAGACGAAGCUCGAAUCCUCCGGGUGUCUGUGAACUCGUUUCUGGAUCAUCUGUCCCUCGUCAUGGAGACCAUGCAGAUGUUUGGGCCGCCUGUCUCCCAGUGAAGCAUCACGGAUGAUUCAGGACUCUGAUUCUUUGAUGUCGACAUCCUCCACUGGACGUUUCAAUCCGUGGACACGACUCAGGUGCGACUCUGGAGCAGGUUGAAACUGAGCUUUUAUAAAGGAAGUCUGAGCAACUGGCAGCUGAAACUGUGGUUUCUUGUUUGUGUCAAACAGUAAAAUCUGUUUUCUUGUUUAAGUGGAACCGAGAAGGUGGCGAGACUGGGGUUGAUUUUUAUUUAAGAAUUUCCUCCAGACAUGUUUUAGUAUAAAAGUACUUUUCUUUGAAUAAUAGUUUGUGCCUGAUUUGGUUUCUCUGCAAAAACAAUUUGAUUCCAUUGAUAAAAAUUCCUAAAAUGACAUUUACUCCUCUCAGGAUGUAUAAAUCUGUAAAUAUUGUUCAUUUCAAAGUUUAUCAACUGGACACAAGAUGUCUUCUACUUUACUGAAAAGUCAAGUUUCCACAUCACAUUGUGUAAGUUUCAUACUAUUCUCUGAUUGGCUCCUAACUAGUUGUGAUGUCAUAAAUCCUGCAGGUACUACCAGGUGUUUAACUGAGAUUUAAGGUGAAGUUCAGAGAAACUUUCCCACUUCAGCAGAUGAAGGUGAAAACAAACUCUACACAAACAUUAUCCUGCACAGUGAAGCAGCAAGAAGCAAAGCUACAUGUUUAAGUGGAGGGAGGGGUCUUUAAACUUCCUGUGUAAAAAUAAAAGACGGUAGAGAUCUGCAGAAACCUGACGGGUUAUAAAGUCAUCAAACAAGCUGUCGAUCAAUCAAUCAGUCAAUGGACAGGAAGUCAAUCAACCACUGUUUUGAUGAUCAUUUUUUUGUUACUGCAGAUUAAAUGAAAUGAAACAUU